AUGAUUCCCACAAUUGACUUUUCGUGUGACUUGCUGACCCCUGACAGCAGCUGCUCUAACGUGACCCAGUCAGAAAACGAGCACACCGCGACACAAUUGAUACAAGCCUUCAACUCCGUCGGUUUCUGUUACCUGGUAAACCACGGCGUCCCCAGUGCAUUGGUAGAUGAUGUUUUCAAAACAUCUAGACAGUUCUUCGAUCUGCCAUCAGACGUGAAGCAGACGUACGCACGACCCACGAACAGCAACCACGGAUGGGCUGCUCUAGAGCGGGAAAAACUCAACCCAGAGCGUCCUGCUGAUUUGAAAGAAUCAUUCAACUGCCAGUCAGUGAGUCAAGUAUGGCCGUUGGUCGUAGUACCGGACAUGAAGAGCCGUUUUAUCGAAUUUCUCGACUCCUGCUCGGUUCUGGUGUUUAGAAUACUGGAUCUUCUUGCCGUUGGUUUGAAACUGGAGGUUGAUAGACAUUUCUUCAAGAAAUGCCACAGUCAAAUUGGCAGAAGUGACGGUAGUUCUACACUGAGGAGCCUGUUCUAUCCUCGCCUACCUAGCGAUGGAUCAAUAAAACCGGGACAAGUCCGCUGUGGUGAACAUUCCGACUAUGGCACUUUGACCUUGCUGUUUCAAGAUGACAUCGGAGGCUUACAGGUUCAGAAUACGGCUGGUGUAUACGUGGAUGCCAAGCCUUUGCCUGGCGCUGUACUCGUUAAUAUUGGAGACCUGCUGCAGAGGUGGACCAGUAACAGACUUAAAGCUACAAAACAUCGCGUUUUGAUCCCAGAAGACGAAAUGAAGAAAGGACUAAGUCGCCAGUCGAUCGCGUUCUUCAUCCAUCCUGAUGAUAACUUUGUAAUCAAAUGUCUCGAUGGUUCGCUCACAUACGAACCAACCACCAACAGGGAAUACCUUAAGCACAAAUUUGCUUUGUCUUACUGAGCUCGGAAGUUACCAAAUGUUAUUAUAUUCUGAAAUCGUACGUUACGUUGUAUAUUACAUAUUUCAGAAGUCAACAAAUGUUAUUGUAUACUGAAAUCGAACGUUACUUUAUUUUAGUGAGCUCGAAAGUUACCAAACGUUAUUGUAUACUAAAAUCGAACAUUACUUCAUAUAUUACCGAGAUUACCGAAUGUUACUGUAUUCUGAAAUCGAACGUUACUUUAUAUAUUACUGAUCUCGGAGAUUACCAAAUGUUACUGUAUAGCGUACUGGAAUCGAACGUUACUUCAUAUAUUACUGAUCUCGGAGAUUACCGAAUGUUACUGUAUACUGAAAUCGAACGUUACUUUAUAUAUUACUGAUCUCGGAAGUUACCAAUUUUUACUGUACACUGAAAUCGAACGUUACUUUAUAUAUUACUGAUAUCGGAGGUUAUCAAGUGUUAUUGGGUACUGAAAGCGAACGUUACGUUGUCUUGCUGAUCUAAGAAGUUACCAAAUGUAGUGGAAGUUUUUUUUCGUAUCUCCUAAGUUCAAGGGCCACAAUUCAUUCACAAAUCGGCAUAUCGGCAUGAAGGUCAAACUUUAUCUAUAACAGUACAUGAUAAAGGUAUACAUACAAUGUCAGCUCAUUAUUUUGAGACAUUGUGUAAACAAAAUGUCCGAAAACUAUAUGUGGGACAGACAGAUAAAGUUCUAAAUCACGGACGUAGUUUUCUGUGCCAUGACAAUUAUUGUUCCUGCUCUUUGAGCUAAGAGCGCGAAUUUAGUUUUUCUUCCGGAAAAGAACGAGGCUUCAAAACGUAUUCCGUUUAGGUUGGCACCACGUUAGUGACCAUCUUUAGUUUGACUACCAUCUAGAUAAAACUCUGGUUGUCAAAACUGGCAGGGUUGCAUGUAUCGUUUGCAGGUUCCACUUUGUUCCCAAGUUGUUUGCACUAGUAAACUACACCAAAAAAACCCCCAACGAAUCAAAGCGAGCAGUGUCAAAGCCAAUUUACGCUAAAGUAGCAAAGCUUGAGAUUUUAAACACAACCGCGUAUUUUUCACUAUUAGAGCCGUUUUUGACAAUUGAAAUCAGACAUUACUGACAUGUUAUUAUUUAGAUUAUUCAUUUUCGUCCAUCCGAAGUGUUUCUGGUCAUUCUGGUGUUUGUAGUACCACAAAAUGCUUUUUUUUUAUAUUUUAAAAACGGACGUACCUCGGAGAAGCAACGGAUAUGAAGAAGAAUUUUAGUCUAUUUUUUUUUAGGGUAUUUACUAUUUCAGUGUCACUCUGUUGUAAAUUUAUCCACAUGUGUUACAGGUUUUUAGAUUAAACAAACUUAGUGUCCAUUUCCAUAGGUUGAAACUAGGGUCUGCGACUUUAAAGUCUAAUUUACAUUAAAGGGACAGUCCUGAGUUUGCUGC